AUGGACUCAUCAGUCCCCUUCUCCCACAUUCUCCACCUGGCUACGCAGGCCGGCGUCUGGUACGCCAUCCAGAACCCCCUCUCCUACGUCAACUCCAACAUCACCGGCUUCGUCACCCUCCUGGAGGUGGCCAAGGCCGCCGAUCCCCAGCCCGCCAUCGUGUGGGCCUCUACGUCAACUCCAACACAUAGGUCCUUUUCUCCGAGUCCGACCGCACCUACCGCCCCACCAGCUUCUACGCGGCCACCAAGAAAGCCGGCGAGGCCAUCGCGUACACUAGGGGUGGGAAGAUUGGGUAUCGGGGGAAGGGGAUCGAAGGGGAUCAACGUGUAUGUCACGCAGGAGGACAAGGAGGUGGCGCGUGACUUCACCUACAUCGAUGACAUCGUCAAGGGUUGCGUCGGGGCGCUCGACAUGGCUGAGAAGAGCACAUGCAAGGCCGGGAAGAAGUAG